CCAAUAUUUUAAUAGCUAUUUUCUCUAUGAUUUGAUCGAUUUACUCUGUUUGGUUGCUGAGAAAACUGUGGAACGGGAAAGAAAAUUCUUCAACCUCGUUUUGUAAUGCCGUUUUUGCCAUAUUUGGAGCUCUGUUAGAUUUUAUUGAUUCCUUUCAUUUUCUUUCUCACCAACAAGACGUGAACAGCUUGCUCUUGAGAUCUGGUAAAUUAGAUUCAAAAAUUGGAUUUCUUUUUUCUUUGCUUUUUUGUUGUUUGUUUGCUGUGAAAAGCGUGGAAAAAAAUGGAUAAAGAUCUGGCCUUUUUUACCGGGGUUUUGAAGGUUUAGAAUAAGGGGUUUUCUCAUUUUGCAUGGUGCUGUUUGUUUGCUGAGAAAACUGCGGAAUAAAAACGGAAAUCUUACCUUGUACCUGAUCAUGUUAUUUUUUGUUUCCUUUCCGGACAUUCUUUUCGUUUCAUCCCUUUUUCUCGCCGGCCGAGCAUGAAGGGGUUUCUCUUGUGAUUUCAUUCUGGUACAUGUGGUUUUUUUAUUUUUUCCUCAUUCCGUGUAAUUAAUGGUUUUUUUGCCGAGAAAACUGUGUAAAACAGGAAAAAUCUCACCUUUUGCAUAAGUAUGUGCCGCUUUUUAAGGUUUAGAAAUUAGGGUUUUUUUUUCCCUCAGCUUGCAUGUUGCUUGUUUGCUAAGAGAGCUGUGAUGAAAAAAAAAAAAAAAAAAACCUUUUCCCAGCAAACAAACUGUUAACACUAUCUGAUCUUUUCUCCUCCGCCAUUUUCUCACCAACCAAACCUGGAGGGCCUUUUUGUGGUUUUAUUUUGGUUUGGAAGUGGGGUUUUGGAGAUUUUGAAAUUAGGGUUUUUAAAAGGUUUGAGGAUUUGGAACUAGGGCUUUGAAGAAGAUGAGUGACAAUUUGAUGGAGAAAGUGAGUGCGUUGGGGGAGCGCCUCAGGAUCGGAGGGGUUGAGGUUGGUCGAAAGAUGAGUGAAGGAAUGAGCUCAAUGAGCUUCAAGAUGAAGGAGCUUUUCCAAGGUCCAAACCAGGCUGAGAAGAUUGUGGAUGAAGCUACUGCUGAAACCCUAGAUGAGCCUGAUUGGGCCUUGAACCUUGACCUGUGUGACAUGAUCAAUAAUGAGAAGGUCAACACUGUUGAUUUAAUUCGAGGCAUAAAGAAGCGAAUAAUGCUGAAGAACCCUAGAGUUCAGUACCUGGCUUUAGUGUUGCUUGAGACUGUUGUCAAAAACUGUGAGAAGGCGUUUUCUGAGGUGGCUGCUGAGAGGUUGCUUGAUGAGAUGGUGAAACUUAUUGAUGAUCCUCAAACCGUUGUUAAUAAUCGAAACAAGGCUUUGAUUUUGAUCGAAGCAUGGGGUGAGUCUUCAGAUGAGUUACGAUAUUUGCCUGUUUAUGAAGAAACAUACAAGAGUCUGAAAUCUAGGGGUAUUAGGUUCCCUGGUCGUGAUGAUGAAAGUUUGGCCCCCAUAUUUACCCCUCCCCACUCGGUUUCGGCUUCAGAAUCAAAUGCCAGUCUUGCUCAACAGAUUCAGCAUGAUACUCCCAUUCACAGCUUUACUCCUGAACAAACCAAGGAAGCAUUUGAUGUGGCACGAAAUAGCAUUGAACUUCUGACAUCAGUGUUAUCAUCCUCACCACAACAAGAUGCUUUAAAGGAUGACUUGACAACCACACUUGUACAACAGUGUCAUCAAUCACAAUUCACUGUCCAGAGCAUCAUUGAGACAGCUGGAGAUAAUGAGGCACUGCUUUUUGAAGCCUUGAAUGUGAAUGAUGAGAUCCAGAAAGUUCUCUCCAAUUAUGAUGAGUUGAAGAAGCCCUCAGUAGUUCCACCUGAGCCAGAACCUGCCAUGAUACCAGUAGCCAUUGAGCCUGAUGAAUCACCUCGUUGUGCAAAAGAAGAUUCCCUGAUUAGAAAACCAGCAGGAUCUCGAGGUGGGGCUCAAGGAGGAAAUAAUGAUGAAAUGAUGGAUGACCUUGACGAAAUGAUCUUUGGGAAGAAAGUUGGGGGUACAUCAGAAGGGGGGCAUGAUGCCAAGAAGCAGCAGUCACCAAAAGAUGAUCUCAUCACAUUUUGAGUUGUCCCAAACAAAACUCUCUAUAUAGAACUUCUUACAUUGUAGUUUAGUACAGGGAUUUGAUGGUGCUGAUAUCAGGCCUAUUAGGUGUUGAUGGCACUCAUGUUUGAUGCUUAAAACAUUUAUGACCUGCAUAAACAGGAUUUGGUGACUUUUCCUUCGAAUACUAUUUUCAUUACUUCCGCA